AUGAAUCCGUUAGUGGUGGCGGUGUUGCGUGGUUGGAGCGAUCGUACGACGCUGCUGCUGUUGCUGUUCGUGCUGAUCGUGUGCGGUCAGCCCGGUGCAGGCGAGAUGCGUAAAUCUUGGCAGGCGAAAAGUGUGGACGUGCAGGUUCAGCUGCUGAAGGCAGCCCGGACGAUCGAAGAGUCACCGGGUGCGAAACCACCGGAAACGAUCGUCCCGUCCACGGAGGAACCCGCUGGCCGGAGUGACUCCACGGGUUCGGAGGCAACGACUGGAGUGGUGACGCCCGGUGAUGAGCCACUGGGAGUAGCCAAGCUGUCCACACAGUUUAGUAGCCGGGUGCGGAGUAAAAAUGGUUCCCUAAGUCCGACCACUGGUCCGGUUAAGGUUAGUGACCCAGAUCCGGAACCAGCGGACCGGUCCGUUCCGUUGCACCUGGAGCACCAGAUGGAGGAGAUCCAGGUGGAUGACGCUACGGUACAGGAUGAUGAUGAGGAAGAGGACGAUGAUGAUGACGACGAGGACACUCUCGGGUGGGAUGGAACGGGUGGCAAAGACAAACAACCGGAGCACGAUCUGAUCGACAACAUCCUCGAGGAGGUGAACGAACGGAUGAACCAACCAACCGACGACAGUCAGGAAGCCAAGGAGACGAGCAAGGACUCGAUCGUCGAUGGUAAAGUGAAGAAGUACACGUUCCCACCGGUGCUGAACAUGACGAUCGAUGAACCGAACAGUAUCGUGAAGGUGAAGCUGAACCACGACAUCGUGCGUGAUAUGAUCAACACCGGUCGUAGCGGUGGUGGUGGUAUCGGUGGUAAGAAGAUGCUCCGGUACGUGAUACCGCUCUUCAUUCUGCCGUUCCUUAUCCAGUCCGCCGUCAUACCGUUCAUGCUGACGGCCGUGAAGCUGUUCCUGCUCAAGUCGCUGAUGGCGGGCAAGGUGGCCAUCUUCCUGCUGCUGCUCGGGGCGUUCAAAAACUUUACCAAAAAGGAGCGCGACGUGUACGUGAAGGAUGUGCCCGAUCGCCGGUACGAACCGUCGAGCGAAGGGUUCGCCUAUCUGGCCGAGGGCCGGCCAAGCAACUGGGUGAACUAG